AAUCUUUUGAUCUUUUUUCCUUAUCCAGUUUUCAUAAGAUUCUGCAGAUAUAUAUAUAUGUUCUGUCUUUGAUCGAUAAAGACAUUAUCCAUUUUUCAGGGGAAAAAACCCAGAAAUGGAGCAGUCUGUUCAUAUGAAUCCGUUUUCUUCGUCUUCUGACCCGUUUCUCUCCGGGUCGGGUCACGGGUCUCCGGUUUCCGACACUGGGUCGUCAUCCUGUCCGAUGCUCGCGGCGAGCUGUCCGAAGAAACGAGCUGGUCGGAAGAAGUUUCGGGAGACUCGGCAUCCCAUCUACAGAGGAGUUCGCCGGAGAGAUUCCGACAAGUGGGUCUGCGAGGUGAGGGAGCCCAACAAGAAGUCGAGGAUUUGGCUCGGGACUUUUCCGACGGCUGAGAUGGCGGCGCGUGCACACGACGUCGCCGCCAUCGCCCUCCGCGGCCGCCACGGGGCCUGCCUUAACUUCGCCGACUCGGCCUGGCGGCUCAGGAUCCCGGAGACGACCUCCGCCAAGGAUAUCCAGAAGGCAGCGGCCGAAGCCGCGGAGGCGUGCCACUCUGACACGGCGGCGGCGGUCGACCCCGCCGAGGGGCACCGCUCUGAUACUGCGGCUGCGGCGCCGGAUGAUCGCCGGGAAAUUCUACCGGAGACAACGACAGACUGUUCGGGCGAGGUUUAUGUUGACGAAGAGACGGUGUUUGGGAUGCCGAGGUUUCUGGCGAACAUGGCGGAGGGGAUGCUCUUGCCGCCGCCGGAAGUGACGUGGACUCAUAGUGACGUGGAGGUCGAAGAUGACGUGUCACUCUGGAGUUAUAGCAUCUAAGUAAAUGAUUUGAUUUGUAUUUUCUUUUUCUAGUAUUACUUUGUUAGAAAUGAUUUUGGACCGAGGGAAGGGUCUUGCCGCUUUUGAAACUGCUCCGUACCUUAAAUGUCGGUAGUACGGACAGUAAAUGAAAACACAACAGUCAAAAGAAAGAGUGAGAUCAUAUAUGUAUCUACUUUGUGUGUUCUAAAGUUUUAAUUGAAGAUAUUCAUUUUUU